CUGAUGCCUGGCUUCGUCACGCUCUUUUCCGACUCCAUAGAGAAGGAUUGUCCGCUGGUUACAUUCAUGACUUGAUGAUUCAUCCUGAAAAACAGCAAUAGCCUCUGAAGCCAGUUUGCAGGGCUGGGGGUAAAUUUUCUACUCCUGAGACACACUAAUUACAGCCUCUCCAUGUCUGCUUGCGGGGGUGGUAUCUACCUGCUCGGCAACUCACCUCCACCGGCACCACCACCCCUGUCUUUCCGGUUUGGAACAUGCUAAAGUAAAAAUAAUAACGUGCCAGCCGACCUGAAGCAUUUGAUGUGGGCGUACCCAACAGAAACACUCAAGACUGCACUGCUGAAAUCUCAGCAGAUUCUCUAUCACAGAGGGCUUUGGCAACAAAACCAAGUCACUGAGAGGAAAGUACCAGAUGCCAGUCUGAAAGUUCUACUAACUAAUAUUACCGGAGACAUUCAUUUCCUUCAGAUUCAACAGAAUAUCCAGGACCAUGGACAAAUCUGGUGUCAAUACCACCUCAGCCAAUACCACCUUCUCCCCUGGGACCAGGAGCCUGUGCAACAGAGACUACAAGAUCACUCAGGUUCUCUUCCCAUUGCUCUACACUGUACUGUUCUUUGCUGGGCUCAUCACGAACAGCUUGGCAAUGAGGAUUUUCUUUCAGAUCCGCAGUAAAUCCAACUUCAUCAUUUUUCUUAAGAACACGGUCAUCUCUGAUCUUCUUAUGAUUCUAACUUUUCCAUUCAAAAUUCUUAGUGAUGCCAAACUGGGAGCCGGGCCUCUGAGAACCCUGGUGUGCCAAGUUACUUCAGUCACAUUUUAUUUUACAAUGUAUAUCAGUAUUUCAUUCCUUGGGCUGAUAACGAUUGACCGCUACCUGAAGACCACCAGGCCGUUUAAAACUUCCAGCCCGAGCAAUCUCUUGGGUGCGAAGAUUCUUUCUGUUGUCAUCUGGGCCUUCAUGUUUUUACUUUCACUGCCUAACAUGAUUCUCACCAACAGAAGGCCAAAAGAUAAGGACAUAACAAAAUGUUCUUUCUUAAAGUCCGAGUUUGGUCUGGUCUGGCACGAAAUAGUCAAUUACAUCUGCCAAGUCAUUUUCUGGAUUAAUUUUUUAAUUGUCAUUGUUUGUUACAGCCUCAUUACAAAAGAACUCUACAGGUCCUAUGUCAGAACAAGGGGUUCAGCCAAAGUUCCCAAGAAAAAGGUGAACGUCAAAGUUUUCAUCAUCAUUGCUGUGUUCUUUAUUUGCUUUGUUCCCUUCCAUUUUGCACGGAUCCCCUAUACCCUGAGCCAAACCCGGGCUGUCUUUGACUGCAGCGCCGAGAACACUCUGUUCUACGUGAAGGAGAGCACCCUAUGGCUAACAUCCUUGAACGCCUGCCUUGAUCCAUUCAUCUAUUUUUUUCUUUGCAAGUCUUUCAGAAAGUCCUUGACAAGCAUGUUGAGGUGCUCAAAGUCUUCAUCAACAUCUGGGGCAAACAAGAACAAAGGACAGGAAGGUGGAGACCCAAGCGAGGAGACCCCAAUGUAGACCGUUACCCCAGGGGCUGCUUCAGUCUUUAGUGUCCAGACUCCUCCAAGGAAAUCACUGCACAAAUAUAUUAACAUUCACUAAAAAGAAGCUGAGUUAGUGACUCUUUAAAUAAGCAAUAAACUAAGGAAAUAACUUUUAACUACUUUCCCUGUACAUAUAUGGGAAAAAUCCUAGUCUGCAGGCAUAUAGUAAAAUGAACUGCAUUCCAUUCCUAUACUGCAGGCAAAUUACAUACACACACACACACACACACACAAAAGAUUUAUCUGGUUUCUACAAAAUUAGCAACAUGAAAUGUAAUAGCCACUGUCAUUUUAAAACACACUACCAAUCACAAUAAUAUUUUUGUAAUAACUGAGAAAUUUUGUUUGAUCUGAUACAUCAAACACAGUAGUUACCAAUUCCCACUUAUAACAAGGAUAACAACAAAAUCACAAAGACGUAAGUCAAAUGAAAUGACAUUGGAUAAGGCCUGCAUUAUUAUAAAUGCACAUUAAUAUGGUGGAUUAAUGGGGGAGGGGGAAUCGGGACGGGGGAUGGCAUCUGAAAUGUAAAUAAAUAAAAUAUCGAAUAAAAAAAAGAUGGUAGAGGUUUAAAAGGUGUAUCUUACCAUAAAGAACAGACAUGAUAAUAUAACUUAAGGAGAGUAAACUUUCAUAAUAUUCUAACAUUAAAAAAAAUUACUACUUUCUUAACACUAGAGAGAGCAAUUUUACUAAGGGUCUGAGUUUACUGGGUAUAGUGCCAUUAUCGGUACUUAUCUGCUAGCUAGCUUUGGAAAUGCCCUCUGCUUGAAUGAACAGAACACUUCUUAGUAAGAAAACAUAAAUAACUAUAAUUACCAAAUCGCACAUCACAUGUACCAAUAAGAAAGUGAUUGAACUAUUUGAGAUUACCUGUUCGUAAUCGUAUGUAUAAUAUUAAAAUGCAUUUAUUCCGUA